AUGUGCACUAGUCUACUAAUGCAGGGGGCAAGGAGACCUGCCAAUACGCGGUUGGGCGAAAGCUACUCGAUCCGCGGCUCCACCAAUACCGACAGUAUUGCUGCUGAUGAGAUACCUUGCUUAGCUGAUGGCGAGUUUGGCAGUUUUUCACAUUUAGACUAUCUUUCAGAGGCUCCAAUUCCUCCUAACGUCUGUGACACAUCGUCCACUCGACAACCAGGACUUCGCCAAUCAUGUGUCUGUCUCCCGUCGAAAAAUACCGAACACAGUAACACAUCUCCGGAUCUUUUUGCCUCGAUCGAGCCUCGGACCAAUGGUAUAGCACCCAUUUCUAACCUUAAUCAUCUUGAGGGACAACACCCACGUGCCUUGGUCACAUUAGAAUCUGUUGCCUCUGGGGCAGGUGGAAAACUGAGUCUAAGUCUAUCAGAGUUAACGGAUCGCUUUAGUCGAUCGGCAACAUCUACACUACCCCUUAAACAUGCGGUCAAUCCAUUAUCUUCAUCGUAUACGGGUCUACCGAAUUACGUUGCAACCACUAUUAACGUGAAUGGAAAUGUAGUUGGCGUGACUGAGAAAAAGCCCGGAGACGAGAAUUUAACAGAGUUAUGCUUGACCAACAGUCUCGACGGCCUUAUACCUAGAUCUGGACUAAGUGGCGGGAUCAUGCAGACCAGCAACCUGUUUCGACUGGCUGAACAGCAGGAGGCAAACUUGCGUGCUCACUCGGGUAGUUGGGGUCGGCUCAACGAGUCGCUUGGUUCCCUAGGCAGACAGUCCACAACGCUAACAAAGGCUGAGCAACGCCGAACGUCUGCUGCUGUCGUUGGUGGUGGUGGUGGUGGUGACAGUUCAACUAAACAUCUAUCAACCUCGACCUCAACAGAGUUGAGAGCCUCGGGUUCAGUGCCUGUGCCCAGUUUGGCGCUGCUUGUCGCCCAGCUACAACUUGACGCAUCUGCAGGUGGUGUUCCCGAUGAAGAGGGUAGUGGCGGCUCGAGUCAUGUGAGGUCUCUGAGUGGCAAUUGUCUGGUUACUAGCUGUGCUAAUGCUGUUGGUGGCAGCUGGUCGCGGCCAUCUAGUCGACCCGAAAGCCCUUCAACCAUCGACAUGGUAGGUGUUGGCAGAUCAGGAACACUUCCUGCGUCGACGAAAGACUCGUCUGAGCGUCAUGCUGACCUGCCAGAAACUAUGGUUACUUCUGUCCUGCGAGGCUCGUUCACCCUAGACAAACCAACAACUUUGGGCCUCCCAGAGAUUGGGUCACCACCACUGGCUUAUGCAUCAUUGCAGAUUUCAAGUCAGUUCCUUUCUUGA